CGGUUAGGUAAAAAUAAUGAAAAUGUAAACCUACCAGAAAUUGCCUAUGCCACUCAUAUACAUGUGAAAAUCCCUUCAAACUUGUAUGAAAUUUCACCUUCAAUUUCAAUGCAUUAAUAAAUUUUGCAACCAUAUGCUGCUACUACUUGUCUCAUCAUCAAUCUUAUUCUAUAAAUAGUGGACGUAAUCACGUAACUCAUAGAAUAAAUCAUCAUCCACCAAACAUAAACUCAAUCAUCUUAGAAAACUCUUACUCCAACUAAAACUCCUCCAUUUUUACUUUUAAGCCAUGACGAUCCAGGAGAAAAAAGUAGUUGAUGAGGUCUCCGGUUGGCUUAGAGUCUUUGAUGACGGUUCCGUGGACCGGACUUGGGUCGGGCCACCCGAGGUUAAAUUUAUGGUCGACCCAGUUCUGGCCCAUGAGGACUACAUUGAGGGGGUUGCAGUGCGUGAUGUGGCUUCAAAAACGGGUUCUCGGGUCCGGGUAUACAUGCCCGAGACCAGGCCCGAGGAUGACCCGAAUGAGAAGCUUCCUAUAAUCCUACACUUCCCUGGUGGUGGGUUUUGUAUAAGCCAGGCCGAUUAUUUCCUCUACUAUGCAAUUUACUCGAAGCUGGCCCGGUUGGGCCGGGCCAUUGUUGUCUCGGUCUACCUCCGCCUAGCCCCCGAGAACCGUCUACCAGCUGCUAUUGAUGACGGGUUCUCGGCCCUAUCGUGGCUUACCUCAUUGGCCCGAUCCGAGGCCCAUGAUCAAUGGCUCUCGAGUCGGGCUGAUUUUGGACGGGUUUUUCUAAUUGGGGAUAGCUCAGGUGGUAACUUGGUUCAUGAAGUGGGGGCUCGGGCUGGGAAGAUCGAUACGAAUCCGUUAAAAUUGGCCGGGUUAAUCCCGGUUCACCCGGGUGUAGUCCGGGCCACAAGGAGCCGGUCUGAGUUGGAAAUGCCCCAAACCCCAUUUUUAACCUUAGACAUGGCUGAUAAAUUUUUAAGCCUAGCUUUGCCAAUAGGGAGUACCAAAGAUCACCCAAUUACAUGUCCAAUGGGCCCAAAUGCACCUCCUCUUAGUGGGCUCCAUUUGCCACCAAUUAUGUAUUGUGUGGCUGACAAAGAUUUGCUAAUUGACACCCAAAUGGAAUUCUAUGAGGCUUUGAAGAAGGCUGGCAAAAAUUUAGAGCUUUUUGUUAGUAAUAAUAUGACUCAUAGCUUUUACCUCAAUAAUAUGGCUGUGGAACAUGAUCCUGAAACUAAGGCCCAAACUGAAAAACUAUUUGAUGGUAUAAUUGAUUUCGUGCACAGGCAUUGAGAGAUAUGAUACGAGUUGAUGGUGAGGAGAUUGAUAUAUCUACCUAGUGGGUAGAUUACCAAUUAGAAAUAUUAUUUGUUAAUGUUUAUCUUUUAUGGGUGGAUUACUCAUUAAAUAGACAAAGUUAUUUCCCGGUAAUGUUGUGUGACAAAGUUAUUUUCUGGUGGAGUAUUUGAUACUCUAAUUAUGUAAGUGCAAUGUGAUGUAAUAACACCUUAUUAGCCAUAAAAGGAAUAAAAAGUUAUGUGAUUUAUCAUUUCUGUGGAA